GUCGUUGUCGUUGGUCGCUCAACACGUUAGUAUGAGGCAUUGCUUCUUGCUUCGUAUUGGCUCAAGUCAAGAAUCUUUUACGUGCACAAAGAAAAACUAUAAAACCGUUUGUCGUGUCGACUUUCAAUUCAGUCUAAAUUGCCUUUGAUCGGUGUAGCGAGCAAAGCGCGCGUUGCUUCGUUCGUCGUCGUAGUUCGCACAACUUGAAAGUUAAAACGUUAAGCUUGGCUUGACAGUUACGAAUUCGAAAAAGUUUUCAAAAACAAAAAAAAAAAAAAACGAAUUUAAAACUAUCUGAACACAAAAAGUAACCGCAGAGAACAAUAAAAUAUAGUGAAAAUCUCAAAAAAAAAGCAAAGAAUAAAUUUCCAGCAAUUAUUAUUGUCAAUAUUGGCAUUUGUUGCAACGCUUGUACAACGAAAUAAAUAAUAAUUUUCUAAUAAUGACUCUCAACAAUCAGGGUCACACGAAGGAUGAUACAAAUUCAUUUGUUAACAUUGCCUUUACACACGACGAAAACGGCAGUGAGACAGUGAUACGCCGUAAGAGUGGUAAUUCCAAUGGCUUGCAAUUGGAUGGCACAACGAAUGCAACCAACAGCAACAAUAAUGGAGCUUCAGUGCCGCCUGCAGCUAAUACAAUGCCAAUAGAUUUCGACGAUAUUCUGCCCAUGAUUGGUGAAUUCGGAAAAUAUCAAAAAAUUCUUUUCCUUUGCAUGAUACCAUUUGCAUUUUUUGUGGCCUUUAUAUAUUUUUCACAAAUAUUCCUAACAUUGAUUCCUGAGCAACAUUGGUGUACUGUACCGGAAUUGGAGGCUUUGCCAUUGGAAGAAAGACUGGCUCUUUCCAUACCCCGCAUGGAUAAUGGUGAUUACCACAAUUGCUUCAUGUACAACGUCAACUAUACCGAUUUGCUGGCCAAAGGUGUACGCAAGGCUGACCCGUCUUGGCCCAGGGCUGCUUGUAUGCACGGUUGGUCCUACAAUUUCACUGAGAUCCCCUAUGCCACUGUGGCUACGGAGGAAAAUUGGGUGUGUGAUCAUGCCACCUUGCCCACAUAUGCUCAAUCGAUAUUCUUUCUUGGUGCUAUUGUUGGAGGUCUCCUAUUUGGCUGGAUUGCGGAUAAAUUUGGACGUAUUCCAUCUUUGAUUGGAUGUAAUUUGGUGGGCUUUGCAGCUGGUGUGACCACAGCCUUUGUUUCAAGCUUCUGGCAGUUUGCCUUAAUGCGGUUUUUUGUUGGCUUCGCAUUUGACAAUUGCUUUACAAUGAUGUACAUAUUAGUUCUAGAAUAUGUUGGACCACGCUAUCGCACAUUCGUAGCUAAUAUGUCUAUAGCGAUAUUCUUCACUACGGCCGCUUGUAUGUUACCUUGGAUUGCUUAUUAUUUGGCCAAUUGGAAGCUACUGGCGGUAGUCACUUCGGCACCCCUUCUACUUGCUGUCUUUACGCCUUUGGUAGUACCGGAAUCUGCAAGAUGGCUGGUGUCUCAAGGCAAAGUGGAUAAGGCUGUGGCAAUUAUGAAGAAAUUGGAAAAAGUUAAUGGAAAGCACAUCUCAGCUGAAACUUAUCAAAACUUUACAGAUAGUUGCAUGAAACUGCGGCAAGAGGAUACCAAGAAUCAGUCCUAUUCUGUGAUGGAUCUGUUUAAGACACCUCGUCUGCGACGCAUCACCAUAUUGUUGAUAAUAAUUUGGAUGGCUAUCUCUCUGGUCUUUGAUGGUCAUGUGCGUAACGUUGGCUCUUUGGGUUUGGAUUUGUUCUUUACUUUUACCGUUGCCAGCUUUACCGAAUUUCCCGCAGAUACUCUGUUGACAUUGACAUUGGAUCGCUUCGGACGAAGAUGGUUGGCUUGUGGCAGCAUGGUCUUAAGUGGCCUCUUCAGUCUUUGUGCCACUGUGGCUCCGCUGGGCGUCUAUUCGGCCAGCCUUGCCAUAAUGGGUCGUUUUUUCGUUAAUAUAUCCUAUAACAUAGGUUUACAGUAUGCAGCGGAAAUUCUGCCAACAGUGGUGAGAGCCCAAGGUGUUGCCUUCAUACACAUCAUGGGCUAUGUGGCUUCGAUAAUUGCUCCUUUCGUGGUUUACCUCACCUACAUAUCGCCCAUGCUGCCUUUGAUUAUUUUGGGUAUUUUGGGCAUUGUCGGAGGGCUAUUGUCUUUGCUGCUGCCCGAAACACUGGAUCACGAUUUGCCACAAACUUUGAGCGAUGGCGAAGACUUUGGUCGUGGACAAAGCAUUUGGGACUUCCCUUGCUUGGCCAAGAAAAUUGAUGAUAAAAAUGAUCUGGAAGUAAGAAAUCCAAACUUUGUGCGUUCCACACAAAGUGGAGCCUCCCUGCGAGCAUCAACAGGAGGUGAAUUACGAUCGAGCAUUUUGCAAAGAUCUGUGCGAUCCCGGUACUCGUCAAAGCUGUAAAAAUGCAAUGCAAAUUCAACAUAACAAAGCAAGGUUUUAAAAUACAAACAACAUCCGCAAUACACUCACACACACGCACAUCCCCACAACUUGGUCACAACACACAGCCACAAAAGAUUUUACAAACUAUUCACUCUACACCUGCACAUUACAAAACUUGAAACUCGUCUUUGUCCAGAUGGCUGCAUGAUCCGUCAUUAGUAUGAGAGUCAAUCUAAUUGCAGUUGUAGCCACUAUCGGCAAUCAGCCUCGAACUCUCACACAUGCUAAGCAUGCGCCUAGCCGCUGUGGGCAACACGCACUACUUUCAUGCAUAAUUAAUAACAAAUUUACAUGUGGUUAAUACACAAUUAUAGACAUUCUAGCUAGCUCUAGCUACACAUUAGGCUAAUACUCGUUUCAUAAAAUUGGACAACCCAAACGAAUAGAGAAUCUUCCAACCUAAUUGUAGGCCAUUUUAAGAAGCAUUUAAAACAAAUUAUUGUAUAAAUGUUUAUUUUUUAUUCUAUUUCUUCUAUAAAACUUCAUAGUUUAGCAAGGGACCGACUCCCAUAUACUAUAUUUCGUACUAGUGUACUUGGAUAAUUAGUAUGAGCCAAAUUUAGACACCAACAUAGAUAUAUAUAUGCGUAUACAUACAUAUGAGUUAAAUUAAUUUUAAUUGUACCUGUCUGUCGGCCAUGUCGCCCCACACAGAGAAGCGAUAUACGAUUCAGAUGAAUGGAAUGACCAUUGAAGUUAUCGUGAUUUCAUCAUUGGUAAACUCUGUACAAUUGUGAUAUUAGUAUUAUUAUUUAUAAUUUAAUAUAUGUAUAAUCGAAUAUGAAUAUAGAUUAAGUAAAUUUCGCACAACCAUUCAAUUAUGUUUAUACCAACUAACGAAAUUAGAUGAAAGUUAUUUAAAAUAAAAUUUGUUUUUAUGGACUACAUUA